UCAAAUUGAAUGGAUCCCUCUCAGCAGCAACAUCAAUGGCCGCAAGCCUGGGCGGCGGCCGCUCCGACGACCACCGCUGCCCCAUCGUACCACCAGCCGACCUCCAUCGAGGACAUCAGGACCCUGUGGAUCGGUGACCUUCAGUAUUGGGUCGAGGAUAACUACCUCUACAAUUGCUUCGCCCACUCCGCCGAGGUGUUAUCAGUGAAGAUCAUCCGCAAUAAGUUUACUGGGCAGCCUGAAGGUUAUGGGUUUGUGGAAUUUGCUUCCCAUGCAGCUGCGGAGAGAAUUUUGCAGACGUUCAAUGGAACGCUCAUGCCUGGAACUGAUCAGAAGUUCAGGUUGAAUUGGGCUUCCUUUGGCAUUGGUGAAAGACGUGCUGAUGCUGGGCCAGAUCAUUCCAUUUUUGUUGGGGACUUGGCACCGGAUGUUACAGAUUAUAUGCUUCAAGAGCUCUUUAGAUCCCAGUAUCCGUCUGUCAGAGGGGCUAAGGUUGUAACUGAUCCUAGUACUGGACGCUCAAAGGGAUAUGGGUUUGUCAAGUUUGCUGAUGAGAUGGAAAGAAAUCGUGCAAUGUCUGAAAUGAAUGGGGUCUAUUGCUCAACAAGGCCUAUGCGCAUCAGUGCAGCCACACCCAAGAAAACCAUAGGAAUUCAACCACAGUAUGUUGCUCCCACUGCUGUAUAUCCCACAGUGACUUAUACUACACCGCAAUUGCCACCAGUUCCUCCAGACACUGAUGUUACUAAUACAACAAUAUUUGUUGGUGGUUUGGACCCAAAUAUAACAGAGGAAGAAUUGAAGCAGAUCUUUGCACAAUUUGGUGAACUCAUCUAUGCUAAGAUACCACAAGCAAAAGGAUGUGGUUUUGUGCAGUUUGCGACCAGGUCAUCUGCGGAAGAAGCAAUACAGAGACUGCAUGGAUCCAUGAUUGGUCAGCAGAUUGUAAGGCUUUCAUGGGGUAGAACUCCCACUAGUAAGCAGGAUCCAACUGGUGCUUGGGUCCAGCAAGCGGAUCCCAAUCAGUGGACAAGUGGUUAUUAUGGUUAUGGAUAUGAUGCAUAUUCAUAUGGGGUUGCUCAAGAUCCAUCUGUAUAUGCAUAUGGUGCUUACGGAGGAUAUGGAUAUCCUCAACAGAUGGAGGCUGCCCCUGAAAUGACAUCUGCUGCCGGGUUGUAUCCAACUAUGGAGCACAGAGAGGAACCCUACGAUCCAUUGGCAAUUCCGGAUGUUGACAAGCUGAAUGCAUCGUAUCUUGCUGUUCAUGGAAAUGCUAUGCUAGGGAGAACUUUAUGGUUGAAAACUUCAGGGCUCUCUCAGUCUUCGUAACUUUACUAAGUUUAUUAUCAUCUCUUUGUUCACCCUCCAAAGGAUCUUCUGAUCGAUGCUGUUCACAUAGAACAAACAACUGGGCACAAGAGAGUUCAGCUUGGAUGUACCACUUCCAUGCAAUGCCGAAAUCUUUUUCUCUGUUUAGUUAAGUUAGUACUUGAUAUUUCUCUGUUUUGUUUUUGCGCUGGAGACGUUGUAUCCAGAUUGAUCACAAGCACUUGUCAGUUAGGAAAUAGUAAAACAUUUUGACAGAUUAUUGUCUUUGGGAUAUUUGCAGCCUUGUGUUGAUUUUUUAUAAUCAACCGUGAUAUAAUGAUGAAACUGAGAAGAUUAGAACUUAAAUACUA